AUGAAAUGUGUAACAUACAAAUGUGUAGUUAUAUUCAUACUAAUCAAGUUUGGAAAUUGUGCUGAUAAACAUACUCAACGAUCUCAUGAUGAUGAAGAUGAUAGUGAUGAUGAUAAUUAUGAUGUUAAUGAAUUGGAAACUGAAUUUGGUCAAGACGAAGAAUAUCAUCCAGAUGCAAAUCAAGCAAGGUAUGGAGCCGUUGGUGAUCCCAUACCACUUUUUAAAACUGAUCCUGAUAAAAGUGCCCGUAGAAUAGAUUAUGGACCCGUAGGUGGCCCAAUUAAAAUAACAACCAUUCAAACCUGUAUUGUACCACCUCCUGAAAAGGAAAAAACUAAAAAACAAUCAACUAAAAGUCGAUUUGGAUAUUAUCCAACUGAUGAUUUUCAAUUCCCACCUCAAAUUCAAACAGAUCAAUCUGAGGAACCAAGUACAGUUCAGGAAGUGAAAGACGUUGGUUUGGAAUAUGAAAGUUUGAAUAAAAUGUUUAGUAAUCAAAGAUUAAAUAAUGAAAAUUAUUAUCAGGACGAAUAUUCAACUUACCAAGCAAUGUCGUUUUACAGACUAGAUUAUUCAGGUAACUUUAUUGUAAUGAAUACAACAGACUAUCAAAUAUUAGGAUUUGAUAAAUAUGCGGUAAAAUAUUCAUUGAAAACACGUCUUGAACUGAUUUUGUGUAAUUAUAAUGUUGUUUGGAUGCAUAUGCCAAAUGCAGAAUACCCAAAAAGUGUAAUUUAUAAAAGAUUUAAGAGGCUGUUUUUUCUUUCGUUUGAUUACCAAAUAGUCAAAAUCAAAUUUACGAAUAACAAAUGGGAAAAGAAAUUUUUAAAUCUUCCAAGAGAUUUUUAUCUUUAUGAUAGAGAUGAAAAGGGGAUAUUUUUUAGACUAACCCCAGACCAAUAUACAGUCCAACCUACUUCAUACGGUGGUUUUCGCUACAUAUUAAACCCUGGUGUAAAAUGCAGAAUGGUAACUAUUGGAGAAAGUACUCUUUUUUUACAUAAUCCCCAACAUAAUUAUGUAAGGACGUUGAGUUAUUUCAAUAAAAAUUCAUUAAGAUUUUAUUUUCCUACCUUUAUAAUGGUUUACGAAUGUGUUGAUAACCAAUGGAGAAGAUACUUUAUCAAAAAAGAAAAAAGCAAAUAA